UCUUGCAACUGUCAAAAGCGUUUUGUUGUUGCACUGAAAAUGUUAAAAAUCACCGCAAUCGUAUCCCUCAUGCUUAUUGCGACAUGGUCGCAGGCCGAGUCUAGGCGGAGUAAAAAAGAUGCAGUCCCAAGAGAUGAUUUUGAUCCAGGAAGCACCAUGUGGGCGGCGAGUCUGUCGUGCGACUCGUGCGGCAGCGAGUGUGCGUCGGCGUGCGGCACGCGCCACUUCCGAUCCUGCUGCUUCAACUACCUGAGGAAGAAACGAGGCCCAGACAACAUCAAGCCUUGGCAUCAAAACCCCUACGAGCUCAGAUCGGAGGGCUAUCAGCGACCGCGCCCUGCGUUCUCGAUCGAGGACGUGAACGACUGGAACAACGUACCCAACGACUACAAAAUGUACCCGUUUGAGGACACGGUGGAAAACAGACUUCAAGCCAUGUAUGAUAUGUAAAUAGUUUAAUAUUUAAAGGCU